AUGGUACACUCUUGUUAAGAGAGAGAACCCCCUCGUAUGUAUCUCCCAAAAGUCUCAAAGUUCCAACCGAUCACUCGUUGUCUAGUAAUUGAACAAGACACCAAUGCCGGCCUCCAACACCCAAAACUCCCAAAAGAAAACAGAGUCUCUCUUUCUCUUCUUGCUCUUUCCUCGUUUUGACCAAAACCUUAACCCAUUUACCUCCUCCGAUAUAUGUAACCUUCAAAACCCAAUAAUUAUCCCAUCUUAAACAAGCCCGUUUAGGCGUUUCUUUUUGUUGUUGUUAGCAGGCAAUGAAGAAAAACGUCUCGAAGUCAAAACCCAAGUUUUUGCACUGUUUCCGACCGGUGGACGUGGACAUGGUGUUCGAGACCAAAGCUGUCCGGAGGAGACAAGUUCGGACUGUCGAAAACAAGGAGGACAAGAAGGCCGCUCUGGUGACGAAAACCAUGUCUCUGGACAGAGGGUUUUCUUCUCCGGCGGAUUCUGAGAACUCGAAAAUGUCUCCUCGUCCGAGCCGAACUUUUUCGAAGGCGGUGAAAGCCGUGGUGUUCGAAACUAUCCUGGCGAAGAAAGCUCGUGAUCGGAAAGUAUGCCGGCAGGACUCGUUCGGAUCAAAGCGGUGUUUUUCGCUCAGAAGUGAGGCGUCUCUGAAUUUGGGAGGCGAUGAGUCGGUGAAGAAAUUUGAAGAAACAAUACCAAAUUCUGAAAUGUCAUUACAUUCUCGUUCUUCCAGUUCAUCAUCGUCCGCAUUAUCUUCUUCGAGUUCGGUUUCGGAAUCCAAAAGGUUGUCCAAAACUUUCUCGGACCCGACGAAACAGAGCCUCCGGAAUCCUCAAAACCCCGCGGCGAAACCAAAGAACACGGAAGUGAGGUGCUCCGGUUUCAACUCCGGAACAUAUUUUCUUCUCAUCAGCCUUGCAGUGACGGUGUUUUGGGGCAAGGCGAUUGCAAUCCUUGUCUCAUCGAUUUGGCUCUACUUUUUUCCGUCGCGGAGUUCAUGUAAAAUAUCGCCAGAAAAUGUGAGGAGGUGGUCGGAGGCGGAGUGCAGGGACAAUAACAAGAGGGUAAUAAUGGAAGGGUUGAUUGAGAGGAAAAACCACCUCCACCACCACCAGCAGGGGGAGAGAGGGCAGUAAAUUUCGACGUGAAAAUUAUCUGUUUCGUGUUUGAUGCAGCUUCUGGUUGGAAAGGACAUCAGGGUUUUAAUUGUGUAGGUGCCUUGUGGUACAUGAGGAGAAAAACAGAACAAUCUGUAUUUACAUUAACUUCUCCUCUGUUUUGCUUUCUUUCUUGUGACCUGUGACUUUUAUGUGGUUUAAGUUCUAUAGCCAUGCCACAGAAAAUUGGAAGUGGUUUUUCGUAUUUGCGUUUGUUUGUGAAGAAAAUCUUGGUUGUAACUAAACCA